AUGUUACCGAUGGUAUUGAAGUUCUCAGCAUCAGAAUCAUCCGAGUCAUAUACUGGUUCGAUUUCUUUCUUAAGAAUUCUGGGUCUGCCAUCAGAAUACUUUGUGUGUACUUCUUCGUUGUCUUCACUGGCUAUGGUCUUAAGUUUGAUUCCGCUAAGUCUGUCAUUAAGAGAUUCGGGCUCGGAGUGUCCUUCUGAGUCUUCUGAGCUCUCCUCUUCUGAGUCGUUUUCUGACUCUCCUUCAACAUCACCUUCUUCCUCACGCAAAAUACGAUUAAGUUCAGCUUCCUCUUCAUCUUCUUCACUGCCCGUACUUUCGUCGUCUCCAUGUUCUUCCGCCUCAUCAUCCUCUUUUUCCUCCUCAUCUUGCUCUUUCUCCUCAUCAUCCUCUUCUUCACUAGAAUCAUCGCCAUCGAUGGUCAACAUUCCACUGACUUGUAGAUCAUCUUCUUCCUCUUGA